AGAGAGAUGUAAAAAAAACCCUUUGUCUGAAAUGAUGUUGAAAGUAUCGCUCGCUGCGGAAUGGAUUUUUGUGUGCCCCUUUUGAUGCCAUUCCUUAUGCUUCUUUUCUCAACAUUUUUGUACCAUACUUUUGCUGUCUUUUGUAUUUGUAUUGCGUCACGCGAAAUAAAACAUCAAGAUGUGUGUGCAUAUCGGUGUGAAUUUUGCGACUGCGGUGAUAAUCGGGUAUCAUGAGUGAAUUUCUGUACAUAAUCAAUUUAUAGAGAUUUAUUUUGUUUGAUUGCCCACCAUAUCGCACUUUUACAUGGCAACAAGAUGAAUUUAGUCACAUUCUUUUUUUUUUUCUUUUACUCUUUCAUUACGCACGCAAAUGCCUUACGAAUGUGCGAAUCUCAUGAUCAAGACCAAAUCUCACGGGUCCAAAAAUUUAUGAACCAAAACGAACUAUUUUGAUAGGUACCUACAUUGCCGUACAUAUUGUUGCAUGUCUCAAGAGAAUGUUGAUUUGUUCGAUGUUGCAUAUUUUUUUGAAUUUCUCAAAUUCUCUCUUUGCGGUAGACGUGUACAUAGGUAUACAACAAACUUAGUUAGAACAUAUGUGGAACAACAUGAAAUUCACCUGGUUUUGUCGAAGUAGUUGAAAAAAAAUCACCACACACGAAAUACAAUGAAUUCAAUUUUGCCUGCGGUGAAGAAACAUCGAAUUUGCCUUCACCUAAAUUAAUAAUUUUCACAUAUAAAACUUUGUGUCUUUUCUCACUGUGAAGGUCAAUAAAGUUUCCUAAAAUGUUUAUGUUUUCUCAAUUAAACAGAUUACAAUUGCAUAUAUGGAAAUUACAGCUGCAAGUUAAGCGGGGGUGGAGCAUUAAAAUGCACGCAAAAAUUUCAUUUUUUUGACUUCCCACAGCUCAAUUACAUUUCAACAUAAAUUCUAAAUGUGGAAAUACUCUGAAUUUCCACGCAUAUCAGCUGAAAAAAAUCUCAAAGUAAUUAGAAAAUAUAAUAAUGUUGUUCAGUGGAUUGGGAUUUGUUAACACAAAUUUGCCAUAAUAUCAGAAAAUCACUUGUUUUUCUUAUCAAAAACAUUGUAUUUAAAAUAAAUGGACCGUGCUUCCGAUCAAGGUUCUGAACUGGUUUUAUUCUCCCACGCUGUUUUUUUUAUUAAAAGACUUGCUUAUACGUAGUACGUUGAAUUUAAAGUGAGUAAAAAAAAGAUUAGGGAAAAAUGUCUUGAAGAAUUUCUCUGAGAAUUUCUAACCGUGUUUUGAACCCAAGGCAGAUGCAAUGACGCCCGAGUGCUCUAAUAAUUAUGCUAUUUACCUAUAUUUUUGUGCAUGGGUUUUAUAUAGAAUUUUCCAAGAAUUUUCACUUUUAUUCCACCUUUAUGGUUCUCGGCUCCCUCCAAUCUUCUUAAUCAGCAAGAAUUCUUCAAAUUCACAUUGAGGUGAAUUCUUUUUGAUUAUCUCCAAAAUGAUUUUCUGUUUCACUUGGAAACUAGAUAACUUUCUUCGAGUUUAUUCAUUUCUUUCAAAGCAUCAUAAGAGGAUGAAUGAAAUGUUAAUUUGCUUUUUGGAAAAAUGGAGAUAUUUAUCUAAAUUUUGCAAUAUAAGGGAAUAUUUUUUUUCUCAAUUCAAUAAAUUAUACUUAAUUCAAAUGAAAUAAAAUUUCAACGCUCAUGUAGGGCUUCCUUAAAGUCAGAUUAAAUUCCAUAAGAAUUUUGUAAUAAUAUAAAAAUUUAAUUCAAUCCGGAUUCAAGCGCCUAACCCUGGUAGAGUUGAGAUUUUUCCUGAAAGCUUAUUUCAAUUAUGAUGUGAGAGAUAAGAAGAAGCAAUUUAGUGAAGAAAAAAGCAACGAAAUAAUCGGCAUUAAUUCCACAUUUUCUUUGCAUAUUUAAUUUUUUUAAAUAAAAUCUAUAAAUAGUUUAAAUUAGAUAAGAAAAUUAAUUAGUUUGAUAAAUUAAUGAUCUCACAUUUCACUAAUUGUCAGCAAAUUAAAAAAAAUAAAUAAAUAAGGUGAGCGUGAAGAGUGUCUAAAUAGCCCUGAUAUGGGAUCUUGUUUGGCACAUGCCCUAUAUAGAAUCAACUGCUGAAAGACGAUCAGAGCCAUGUUUGGCUUAAACAUAUCAUUGACUCCAGGAAAAAAACGUGAAACCGUUGUUUGAGAAUGAAAUAUCACCUCCAAACACGCAUAUCAUAUAUACGCGACGAGACGAAUAUACAAUUAGAUACGAAAUUUGCUUGGAUUUGUCUCAUGUUCCGCUGUGACGGUCGCGAGCACAGCGCGAAUGAGAUGGGAGAGCGCGAAUACUGAAAAUAGAUCUGCAAUCGUGCUCGAUAUCUUAUGGGACAACAAAGCAAAUAAAACAUUUAAAAAAAAAUUGUAGGGAGUGCACACAUCACAAAAAAAAAAGUUAUCACAGAUAAACUUGUACGCGAGUUUUUGAGUUUUAAGAAUUUGUUGCGAGCGAUAAGUCCAGUAGUUUGGUAGUAAUGUGUGAAAGUUUAAUUGAUUGCCUCUGAAUUAACGUUGUAGUCUCUUGUCAUUGCGCCGGAAAAGCUGUAGUGCUAAUUUUCUCUUGUGUGUUUGUGUCUUUUUUUGCAUCCUACAUUUUUCAGUACAUACUUCUAGUUAGUAUGUCGCAGGUUACAAAACGAACCUCCAGGCGGGGCAAGAAGAAACAAAACGACAAUGACAGACUGUCAGUGUUGCCAGCUUCCACGACAGGAUCCCUAAGCUCAAUCACCACGACGUCCGUGGCGUCAUCAGAGCCAGAUCGAGGACUAGAGCCAGGCGGUGGCGGUGGUGAUGGCGAUGAGAAACUAACGAGGGUGGAUGAUCUGCCCUACAGACAGGAAGAAUGGUGGCAAACAACUCUGCAAGUGUCCAUACCCUUUCUUAUUGCUGGCAUUGGGACGAUUGGUGCUGGUAUCAUUUUAGGACGUGUUGAGCAUUGGAAGGUCUUCAUCCACAUUUCGGAGCUCUUCAUUCUGGUGCCGGCUCUACUCGGCCUCAAGGGUAAUUUAGAUAUGUGCCUGGCAUCUCGGCUGUCGACUCAAGCAAAUCUUGGCAAUAUGAACUCCGCACGAGAAAUUGUACAAAUGGUCAUUGGGAAUAUUGCUCUGGUUCAGGUGCAAGCAACAGUGGCAGCCUUCAUUGUUGGCAUUUUUGCCAUUAUCGUGGGUGCUGCCAUGAAUGGUGUUUUCGAAUUUGAUCACGCUAUGCUCCUGAUUGCCUCCAGUAUGUUUACAGCGACAUCAUCGUGCUUUGUUUUAGACUUCGUAUUAGUGGCUGUGAUAUUACUAUCUAGUAGAUUUAGAAUGAAUCCGGACAAUUUGGCCACCCCACUGGCUGCGUCCAUUGGAGAUGUAGUCUCAAUCAGUCUAUUAUCUUUUAUUGCAUCAUUGCUUUUUGAGAAUUUAGAAACACACAUUUGGGUGACAUUCGUCGUGGUUGCGGGGUACUUCAUCUUGCUGCCAUUCUGGGUUUACAUUGUGUUUCGCAAUAAGUAUACGAGACCUGUACUGUCGACUGGAUGGGUGCCGGUUCUAUCAGCCCUCUUUAUCAGUGGACUUGGUGGGUUGGUUCUAGAUGCUGCUGUUGGCGUUUACGAUGGAUUCGUGGUAUUUCAGCCAAUUAUAAAUGGAAUUGGUGGCAAUCUCGUCUCCGUACAGGCUUCGAAGAUAUCAACGAUGCUACAUCAGAGUUCCAUUUUGGGAAUUGUUCCGCCGCACACGAAUAUUUUUGAAUUACCCUGGAGGGCUCUCUUUAACGGAGGUAAAAUUCCGUAUGCCAAAUCGGCGAGAAUUCUCAUAUUAAUGUCAAUUCCUGGACAAGUGCUAUUUAUCUUUGUUGCUGACUACAUUCAUAUGUCAUCAUCAACCAUAGGCCUUCCUUUUGUCUUGUCCUACUUGACUGUUAGUUUGGUUCAAAUAAUGUCCCUACUUUACAUUGCCCACAUAAUUAUCCAUGCAAUGUGGAAGUGGAAGAUCGAUCCGGACAAUUCGGCCAUUCCCUACUUGACAGCUCUCGGUGAUCUACUAGGUUCUAGUCUCCUACUUAUAGCCUUCCUCUUUCUCACCACCAUCGGGCACGACUACGGUGAGAGUCAGGAGGCAAUUGGGCCCCCCAUAGCCGAUUCGCAGCAUAGCUCCGACAUCUUCGGGGCGUACUAGGUGAACAACAACAACAAAAUAAAACAAAAAGUAUAUCCCUGUGUAAUUGUGUGUUUAAUCUACAAAUUCAACAAUAUUUUGUUACCAACUCUGUAAAGUAUUUUAAUCCUCUCCCAAAAAAAAAAGAAUCAACAAGAAAGUAUUUCAAAUGUCCAAGAAAAGAAUUAGAUUAAAAGAAAAAAAAAACAAGCAAACUCUUUUCUUUAGUGUUCAGUAGCGUGCGCACUUCCUCGGUGAAAUGCAAAGAAAUCGAGGAAUUCAAAGACAAAGAAUAUUUUUGAGUGAGGAAAUGCAAAAGAAGAAAAGAAUGAAAGUUUAGAAUAAUUAUAAAAGAUUUUUUUUUUAAAUUAAGAAAUACAUAGAAGAGACCCAUUGAUGUAGAUGUAAAGUAAAAAACACAAAAGUUAAUAUUUAAUUUAUAUCUUGAGAUUUUUCUUUGAAAUAAUCUUCCCUUUCAGAAGCAUUUUUUUUCUCUUAAUUUGUUGUUCUUUAUUUUUAAAAGACAAUUUUACAAAGAUGCUCUGCACAUAAAUUUUUCAAUUGAAUUUUCUUCAGGAAGCGUAUCCUUCGAAUUUACAGACAAUCUAAAGAAAUGAAAACCAAAACAUUUUAAUGAGAUUUUAAUUUAGAUUGUGUACAAAAAAGAUUUAGCAGAAUUAUUUAAUUUUCUCACGCUUCCUGCUGACCUUUAAAGAUGUUUAUAUUCACUUCCAAAAAUAAAAAAAAAAAUAAUUUUAGAAGUGAAGAAAAAUUCUUCCUUAGUUAAGAAAUCAAUUGAAUUUAUGUUCCUUUUUUUAUUAAGAGUUCCUUUAUUAUUUUUUUUUCAAUAAAAACAGCAAUUACCCAAACAUUGUGUUAACGAUUCUUUUUUUUUUCUUUAUAAGUUGCCAAUGACUAAGUUUUGCUAUUAUGGAGAAAAAUGUAUUAUUUACCUUUUCAAAUUAUCUCCCUCCCACACACACAAAAUGUAAAUUUUCUCGAAUAAAUUAAAAUAUGGGUUUCGAAAAAUGA